UAACCAACGGCGCAGUUACUACGGCGACCAGCGUAGCGUGCCGAGUGCAAGCGUAGGGUUCGGUUCCCUGGGAACAAAUUCGGCAGGAACCCAAACCGGUCAAAAAGCCCCAAAUUCAGCCCAAUCCUGGAUUCAGGGCAUCCUUGAUCCUAACUAGUCGUUUUGGUGUCUGAACUCAAAUGUCGUUGCUCUAUGACACUAAACCUUUCUUGACUAAAUUAAACUGUAAAGUCAUAAAAAAGUAACUUCACAGGAUAUCAUAGUAAGUCUGGCUAAACAGGAGGUUUGGUUUUUAGAGCAGCCUGAAAAAGAGUUACAAUAUAGCUUUAAUUUGACAUUUAAGCCUUUAAUUUUAAAAUCCUAUAUCAGAAUAUGCUCCGAUAUUACCCAGUGACAGUCUGGGAUGUGUAUAUUAUUAAAGCCAUCAAAUGUAACUCUGAUUUCCUAGUAACAAAACUGUGACAUAACUGCGACAAAAAGGUGCUGAAGUUGCUGCAUUCUGGCUGCUGUGUGUAGAGCCCUUCAUGCUCAACUCGUAUUCUUUCAGAUGUUUCGGUUCCCUGGGAACAAACUCUAAGGUUCAGCAGAAACCAGAAGCCUGUCAAACAGCCCAAAUAUUCAGCCGGAUCAGAAGGUGGAUCCUGGACUCUGUUCAUCCUGGUUCAGACUUCUGUCUGAAACACGAGUUCAGGUUCAGGAAUCUCUAGUUUUGGGUUUAGAUGGUGCCGGUUCUGGCUGAUGACCGUUUCCUCUUCUGUCCCGUCAGGUCCGUGAUGUAGCCGUAGACGAGCUUCCUUCCCGGUGAGCGUGUCUGAAGAUGGCGGACGGCGUGCGGACGCUGUACGGCGCCCUGAUGCUGGUGUCGGGCGCCGCCUGCGUCUGUGGUAACGUCCUGCUGCUGCUGCUGCUGCUCCUCAACGCCGCGCUCCGCUCCGACACGCUGAGCCUCGCGCUGAGCGCCGCCGUCAGCGACCUCGCCCUCGGGCUCGCCACCGUGCCGUUCGCGGCGUACCACAGCCUGGCGUGGCCAACGCGAGACCCCGGAGACGGCGCCGUGUGUCAGGGCAGUGGCUUCCUGUUCCUGUUGCUGCAGACGUCCUCGCUGCACUCGCUGGCGUGGACCGCCGCGGACCGGUUCUCUGAGAUCUGGUUGGCUCUGAGCCACGGCGCCGUGUGGACAGCCUGGCGGCGCCGGGGCGUGCUGCUGGCCGUGUGGGCGUUCAGCGUGGCGACUGCGGCGCUGCCGCUGCUGGGCUUCGGCGCCUACGAGUACAGCCAGCAGCGGUCUCUGUGCGGCCUGAGCUUCACGCCGGAGAACGGGAACAUGGUGGCGGCGUGGGCGGCGGUUGCCGUGGCAGCGCCGAUCCUCGCCGCGUGCGGUCUGAACGGGUACGUGGUGUACGUGGCGAGGAAGCAGGCGCGGCGGGGAACGUUCACGUGCAACGAGCUGCACUGCUACUACGUUCCCGCCAACAACUACCUGAGGAGCUCCGUCGUCAUGGUUACAACCUCAGUGUGUCUGCUUGUGUGCUGGCUGCCCUACAUCUCCGUGGGUCUGUACGAGACGUUUAGCGGCCAAGAGAGUCCGGCGGUGACCGCGGCCCUCUCCACGUGGCUGGUUCUGACCAGCGCUGCCCUCAACCCCUGGAUCACCUGUCUAACACAGACUAGAUACAGGGCAGCUGUGCGUCCGAGCAUCCGCAGGUUUAUCCAGAUGUGUCUGUGUUCUGGGACGGCUCUGGAGUCCCGCCCCCAAAUCUCUGCCCCCCACCUGGACUCAGCCAAUCGCAUCAGCAUGACGAUGACGACAGCAACACGGCCAAAAACACCAACAUGAUCAACACACACACACUACAGCUACAACGUCUGCUGGGACUGCAGAGACAAACACCAGCCGAGUCAGGGCACAAAUGGAAACUUUUACAAAGACAAUUAAAUGUAACUUGGUGUUGAAAUGAAAGCCAAUAAAGAGACAACACUGAGUUAAUACGCCUUUGAUUUGGGUUAGGGUUACAACACAGAACUACAGAUAAAGUUAAUCUAUAGAGAACUACAACACUGAUGGUGGCUACCAACCAACCCGGCACUGUCAACCAGAAGAGCUCGCAGAUGACGAUGAGUCCGUAAACAAACACACGUGCGCACACACGCGCACACACACACACACACACACACACACACACAUCAUAGUAUUAAGGUUAAGUUAGGUAUAAUAGACUAUUUUGGCUCUAAUCAGGUAUUUUAUCUGCUGAACCAGAACCAACCAACCAGAUAUAAGACAUCAUCUGUUAGUCUCAUAUGUUUAAUAUAAGUAUCUGUUAAUGUUAGGGAAUCAUUGUUUUCAAUAAACAGUUGAUUAAC